AUGGAUCCAGCGAUUGGACGAAGUCUCAAUGAUAAGCUCUACGACAAGAGGAAGAUGGGUGCUCUCGAGUUAGAGAAGCUAAUUCGAGAGCAUCUUACCAAUAAUGACACCGACAAGAUCAAGGAAAUCAUUGACCAGCUAGUCCACGAUUUCGCCUAUGCCAUUCACCAACCACAUGCUAGGAAUGGCGGCUUAAUUGGUCUGGCUGCUGCAUCAAUAGCACUCGGUCCGGAGGUGGCCUAUUACCUCGACUCCAUCAUUCCGCCGGUUCUCGCCUGUUUCGAAGACCAGGAUGCUAGAGUCCGCUACUAUGCUUGCGAAAGUAUGUACAAUAUUGCCAAGGUUGCCAAGGGAGAAGUACUCUUGAACUUCAAUGAGAUAUUCGAUGCCCUAUGCAAGCUUACUGCGGACACGGAACUGUCCGUUAAGAAUGGUGCUGAGCUGUUAGACAGACUUAUCAAGGACAUUGUCGCCGAAUCUGCUUCGACUUACAUCUCCAUCCUUCAUGCCCCUCAGGAUGAAGCUGUCGGAUCGGACGAGGAGGAGAAUGAUUCAGACUCCAUCCUCCCGACUGCUUUUUCACUAAAGAAAUUCAUCCCAUUGCUUCAAGAGAGAAUUCAUGUUAUAAACCCCUUCACCCGCCAGUUUCUCGUUUCUUGGAUCGUUCUUCUUGAUGGGAUCCCGGAUCUUGAGCUCGUCACAUUUCUUCCUGAGUUUCUCGGUGACCUUUUCGGAUAUCUAGCUGACCAUAACGCUGAUGUUCACGACGCCACUGAAGUUUGCCUUGAGGGUUUCUUGCAAGAGAUUCGAAAGAUCGCAUUUGUCAAACGUGGAGUUCAAUCACGCCGAGGAACGAUCUCUAGACCGGUUAAGCCGAAGAGUCCAAGUGUCAGCGAGGGAGCAGUUACUGAUGACACCGACACCAAGAAAGAAGACGAUGAUCCACGUCCUGACGACCAGGAUAGUGGACUCGAUGGUAUGUGGAUGCCCGGCCAGGACAUCCCCGUUGACCACAAGAGGAUCCUGGAAAUCUUGAUGACCUUCAUCGAUCCUUCUUCCCAAGAAGAAGAACUUCAACGUACAGGAUUCCUUUGGGUCGCAAGCUUCCUUGAAAUCUGCCCCGAAGAAGUCGUCCAAUUUAUUCCACGCCUUCUAUCAUACGUCCUUCCGGCCACAUCUAGCAAUUUUGAAUCCGUUAGAGAGGUUGCUCACAAAGUUGAUGGUCUCAUGCUUAACCUCAUUCUCAACUUGUUCGGAGAUUCGAAGCUUUCAGCUAUCACUUCCCACCACCGUCAAUCCCCAAUACCCCCAAAUUCCCACUCUCACCAAGAUCCUCGAUCUUCAACUCCGAUGCUUGCUGAACAAGCAGAUGACGGCGUUGGUGAGGACGCAACCCGCGCUUCUCUCUCCAGUACUACCGGAGAAUUAGAUUAUGGUGCUACUGUUCAUGCUUUGACGAUCCAAUUUCUCAAUGAAAAUGAGGCAACUAGACUAGCUGCUUUGGACUGGCUUAUAAUGUUGCAUAAGAAAGCUGGUGACAAGGUUAUUGCCGUUAAUGAUGGCACUUUCCCAGCCUUGCUUAAGACACUAUCUGACCCGAGCGAACUUGUUGUUACAAAAGACCUUGAACUUCUCUCACAGAUCUCAAGGAACAGUGAUGACGAUGUCUUUGCUUCGUUCAUGAACGACCUGUUGAACUUAUUCAGUACCGAUCGCCGUCUUUUGGAAACCCGUGGUUAUCUCAUCAUCCGUCGCCUUUGUCUCAAUCUCAACCCUGAGCGCAUAUAUCGCACUCUUGCUGAGAUUAUCGAGAAGGAGGAGGAUGUCGAAUUUGCCAGCACUAUGGUACAGCUCCUGAAUAACAAUUUGAUGACAGCCCCUGAGAUUGGCGAGUUAAGGAAGCGAUUGAGGAGUUUGGACACCAAGGAUGGUCAAACCCUCUUUAUUGCCUUGUUCAGAUCGUGGUGCCACAAUGCCGUUGCUGCCUUCUGUCUGUGUCUGCUUGCCCAGGCAUAUGAACAAGCCUCUAACCUCCUCGCAAUUUUCGGAGAGCUAGAGCUUUCUGUCAGCCUUUUGAUUCAGCUCGACAAGUUAGUUCAGCUCCUCGAGUCUCCAGUCUUUACAUAUCUUCGAAUGCAACUUCUAGAGCCCGAGAAAUAUCCAUUCCUCUACAAGUGCCUCUAUGGACUCUUGAUGCUUAUGCCUCAAUCGACCGCUUUCGCUGCCCUCAAGAACCGCCUGAAUAGUGUCAGCGCCAUUGGGUAUUUGCAUCAGUUGACUCCACGAACAGCCCCCACCUCAACCACAUCUUCCUACGAACCACGCAACCGCCUUAAGGCCCGAAGUGAGAACGAAAUCAAGUGGAUAGAACUACUUGAGAAAUUCAAGAAUGUUCAAGAAAAAGCUAGGCGCUACAAUGUCCAGUAUAUCACAAAGGCCCCAACUCUCCCACCACUCACAGAUGUCCCCUCCGCUAAUGGUGUCUCCUCCUCGGGACCCCAUCUCUCUGGUCAUGGAGCCUCGUCAUCUGGACCUCCUAAUCGUAUCCCAACCCCCAGUAGCGUCUCCGGUGCUCCCACUAAUAAGCCAAAGGGAGGGUUGGGGAUUGCCAGGUUGGCUCGUGGGAGAAUCAAGACCGCGAAGUGA